AUGAAUACAUGGGUUAAAUCUUGGGUGCCGAGCGGUGAUAUAAUUGGAAUGCUGAGUCGACAUGAUGAAACAUUUGGGAUUGCCAAAUGUCUAUCUGCUUAUCAAAACGACAAGCUUGUAUAUCAUCCAACAGUCCUUUUCGCCUAUCUUCCAUGCGACUCAGCCAUCAAUUCCCUUCAUGAAUAUCGAAUGCAUGAUUACGAACUUCAACCCAAACAACGAACCAUAUCAAACGAUAUUAUCAGAGGGACAGAUGAAAUGGGCGUGAUGCUCAUGGGUCAUGAUCUAAAAGCUUGGUGGGUAGGAUCUUUGCUUAAUAUCGAAGAAACGAGACGUCUGAUCACCGAACAAAAUGCAACAACGCUUCAAGUGGCUAUUGCCGUUGUUGCCGCAACUCUUUACUGCAUCAACCAUCCACAAUUAGGUUUAUGUUUACCGGAUGAUUUGGAUUUCGAAGAAAUUUUGGAAAUCUCGAGACCUUAUCUAGGAAAAUUUGUUUCACAACAGGUCGACUGGUCACCAAAUCAGACGUCAUCAUCCAUAAAACUUCAGCUGGAAACCAAAGAUGAAUGGCAGUUUUCUUCAUUCAGAAUAUCUUUCUCUAAAACUUGA